AUGGAUCAUUCAGAAAAUAUUAAUCAGAAGCCUCCUCGUUUUACAAGGGAUCAAGAGCAUAUCAUCAUGGUUUCUGCUCUGAGACAAGUGAUAUCUAACGUCCAAGGUGACACUUCAUCAUCUACUCUUGAUCAACCUUUGGACGCUGGCCCUUGUCCUCUCUGCAGUGUCACCGGCUGCAACGGUUGCGCAUUCCCACGGCAUGAAGAGAUAAAGAAGGAAGAGAAGCACAAAGGUGUGAGGCAAAAGCCAUCAGGUAAAUGGUGUGCGGAGAUAUGGGAUCCGAGUUUGCAAAGAAGGAGAUGGCUUGGAACGUUUCCAACAGCUAAAAUGGCUGCGGAGGCUUACGAUGAUGAGGAGGCUAAGCUUGUCAAAAGAAAGAGAUCAAGAAGUGGCACAAUGAACGGAAAAAAAACAACUUCUCACUCGAACUUCUGUCUUAAUGGUACUUCUGAGCUGGACAAGGUGAAGGUUCUAGCACAGGAGCAGUAUUGA